UUUUCUGUCCUGCUCCCGGCACUGGGCUCCUUUCCCUCAGUGCCUCAGAGGAGGGGACAGUGGAGCCAUGGCCCUCCGCACAGCUGCCAUCCGCCAGACCUGCUGUUGCUUCAAUGUCCGCAUGGCCACCACCGCCCUGGCCAUUUACCAUGUGAUCAUGAGCAUCUUGUUGUUCAUUGAGCACUCGGUGGAGGUGGCUCACGGCAAGGCCUCCUGCAAGUUCUCGAAGACACGCUACCUCAGGAUCGCUGACCUGCUGUCCAGCUUCCUGCUCAUCACCAUGCUCUUUGUCAUCAGCCUGAGCCUGCUGAUCGGUGUGGUUAAGAACCGGCAGAAGUACCUCCUGCCCUUCCUGUCCCUGCAAGUCAUGGACUUCUUCCUGUGCCUGCUCACUCUGCUGGGCUCCUACAUCGAGCUGCCUGCCUACUUCAAGUUCGCCUCUCGGAGCCGAGCCGGCCCCUCCAAGGUCCCACUGAUGACCCUGAAGCUGCUGGACUUCUGCCUGAGCAUCAUGACCCUCUGCAGCUCCUACAUGGAAGUGCCCACCUUUCUCAACUUCAAGUCCAUGAACCACAUGAAUUAUCUCCCCAGCCAGGAGGGCAUGACUCAUAACCAGUUCGUCAAGAUGAUGAUCAUAUUCUCCAUCGCCUUCAUCACUGUCCUCAUUCUAAAGGUCUACAUGUUCAAGUGUGUGUGGAAGUGCUACAGAUUCAUUAAGUACACGAACUCAGCUGAGGAGAGGAACAGCUCCAAGAUGCCCCAGAAGGUGGUCCUGCCAUCCUACGAGGAAGCCUUGUCUCUGCCAUCCAAGACUCCAGAGGGGGGCCUAGCACCACCCCCCUAUUCGGAGGUGUGACCCUCGCCAGGCCCCAGCCCUGGUGCUGGGAGAGGCAGAGCUGCCUCAUAAUCUGCUUCUUUGCUUUGGUGGCCCCUGUGGCCUGGGUGGACCACCCAGCCGACUUCAGGACAAUCUGCUUGUGUCCCCCUCGCUGGCCUGCUUCUCUGUGGGGCCUGUGAGAUGCUCACAAUUGGGUCAAACUUUUUGACUGAAUGACUCCUCGGGUCUUUCCAAAAUUCAGUCCAACAACUCUGGGCUUAUUCUGACCAGCUACAACACUUGUUUAAUCAAUGGGUCAUUCUAAAUUUGGUAAGCCUGGUUAAACAAUUGUCAACGUGACCAAAUUAGCCAAACAAUUGACAAAUCCAAACCACACUUGUCAAUUUAUUAAAAUAAUUUGGUCAAACAGCCAUUGCAUUGCUUUGUGAAUAGUUUACACAGAGCAAUUAAGUUGAGUAAUUGUAACCUGUUCCCCAUUAUAUAUAUUACCUGUAUAGUACAUAUCUGUGUAUGUAUAUUUAUCUAUACAUACACAUACAUAGUCAAUUUCUUCAAAUAGCUUGUUUAGACAAUGAUCAAUUCAGCCAACCAUCACUUUAUUUAUAAUAGUGAUAAAAUUCUGCAAAAAAAAAAAAAAAAAUCAAAUUAACCCCAAAACCA